AUGGCAAUCAUUGUUCGACCAAGGCGCGGAAUUAUUGGAUGUACUGAUCAAGCUAGGAGAUGUCGCUGAGACGUCGAAUUGUCCCAUAAUCCUGAUAUCACAUAGCUUGGGAGGCAUCAUUGUGAAAGAGGCAAUGAAUCUUCUUCACCAACAAGCAACAGAUUUCCGUCCGCUAUGGCGCUCUAUAGCCGGUGCAAUAUUCCUAGGCACACCUCACACGCAGUCCAAUGACCCCAUAAACUGGCAAAACGCUGGUGCAAUUCUACGCUUACACUCGAAAUCUAAGAACGCCCGAAUACCACCUACAGCAGAGAUCGCAAAAAGGUUGGCGAAGAUAUCGCUGUCGUUUGAGCAAGCUUUUGAUCUUAUCCCGGUGCUUUCUGCGUACGAAACAAAGCAGACAAGGAUAGGGGGAUUCUUGUCCAGCAAGGCUGUGCUUGUCGGGCCGGAAUUCGCAAAAACCAAUGUUCGAUAUGAGACUCCAGUGCCAAUUGAUGCAGAUCAUGAUAAAAUCAGCUGUUUGAAGAUUGGAAGCACAGAAUUGAACUCUAUUUGCAAGUUCCUGGAUGAGACCAUCCGUCAGGCUCUUGUGCGUAUUCGGCGACCUUCUGAUGAUUAUGUCAUACCUGCGGCGCUAGAUCAAAAAACUGUUGCGGAUGAUGAACCGAACGAGCUUGAAGCCGUUUCGUACGCAUCAGAGAUCAGCAAAGAUGCCACUCACGGCUCGACAUCCCUGGGAUUUGAUAUCAUCCCGCUGGUUUCAGACUUCUCAGUUGAGAGAAAUGACCCACUAUUACCUUGCUAUAUUAUGCCUCCCCAUCCGCGUAAUCGAGCAUUUUUUGGACGAACCGAGGUUCUUCGCGAGAUUCGUGAAAGACUUUUACCAAAAAAAAGUGAUAAAGAUGGCAUCGAAGUUGACGACGACGGUUACGAAAUUGAACCAACACCGGCCAUGUUCGCUCUUUGCGGGCCAGGAGGAAUCGGGAAGACGCAAGUAGCUACAGAGUUUGCACACACGUCUAAGGAUUGCUACGACGCAAUUUUUUGGUUGCAAGCAGAUGAGUACUCAAAGCUGUCGCAGGGAUACACCGACAUUGCCAUAAAACUUGGUCUUGUUCUCGAAGAUUCAGUAGACGCACGAGACCCCGUCGUCGUGCAAGAACUAGUCAAGGGUUGGCUUGUGAAUCCACUCAAGACCUACAAACAGCAGGAAGACCACCAAUUUGCAGGUGAAUCGGCUCUCGCAAGAUGGCUUCUUGUCUUUGACAAUGUCGACGACCCAAACAUUCUGGAUGAUUUUUGGCCGCUGGAUUAUACAGGUACCGGAGCUGUAUUGAUAACAAGCAGAGAUCCUCUGGCCAAAAGGUAUAUCUAUUCUGAAGAUGAACCAGGAAUCAUUCUCCCUCCUUUCACGGUAAAGGAAGCUACCGAUUUCCUGCUGAAGCUCACUCACCGAGAAUCAGAGAGCAAGAAUGAAACAGAUGCUGGUACGGCGGUUGCAGAGCGAUUAGGGGGCUUACCUCUUGCUCUUACGCAAAUGGCAGGUGUUAUAGAGCGUCGAGACUUGUCGUUUGCGGAAUUCUUGCGAAUCUUCAACGAAGAAGAAGAUGUGAGGUCAAAAUUCUUCAAAAUGCAAAUCGGAAAUGGAAGCAUGCGAAGCAGCCGAUACCAGCAUACUCUGGACACCGUCUGGGCACUGGAAAAAUUGAACAAGAGUAGCUCCAUCUUAUUAGACGUCUUAUCUGUGCUCGACCCGGACGGCAUCCCAGAGCAGAUUCUUACAGGCUCGAUGACUGAGCUGGACGAGGCGAACAUUACAGAUGAAUAUCCACGAACCAUAGAAGGAUAUCAGGAUGCUCGCACUGAACUCCUGCGGUCAUCGCUGAUUGCGCGUGACCGGGGCGCAAACCGAAUUACAAUUCAUCGACUCGUACAAGACGGGGCUCGUGCUAAGAUGUCUGAUACAAGAUUCGAACAGGUAUUUGCGUUGACCUCGAAGCUUUUGUAUGCAGCAUGGCCUUUUGAAGAUUUUAGUUUUGGACACAGAAUCAACCGAUGGAGUAAGUGUGCGGAGCUAUUCCCCCAUGUUGUCCAGCUACAUGGUUUUUCUGUUAGAUGGAAGAACAUGAUAGCAGAUAGAAGGCGUGUGACAGAAACGGACGUUGAAUUUCCCAAACUCUUGGUCGAUCUUGGGAGGUUUAACCACCAACGAGGAAACUCCAGUGAAUCCACAAGAUAUCUCGAAACAGCCAUGGAUAUAUACAAGAUUCUACAAAACCGCAGUGAGACUGGUCCUCUGAACGAGGAUAUCAACAAUACGAUCAAAAGGAUGGUUGCCGAAAUCCACCACGACCUAGGCUGCAUUGCUACCGAGACGAAUCAGCCUAACACUGCUCUAAAUCAUUUCAUAGCCUUUAACAAAGCUAUGAUUGAAUUUGCCGAUGGGGAACCUCAGACUAAAGACAUGAGCUUAGGAGUCUCGUGGAAUGAGUUAGGUAAUGCUUAUAUGAUGAAUGGGGAAUGGAACAGCGCCGCAGAUUGUUUCCUACGCUCAAUGGAGACAUUGAAGCAACUGGAGAAUUUCAGAAAAGUAGAUCUAUCGUUUCCCCAGAUAAAUCUAGGAUUUUCGUACUGGCUGCAAGGCAGGUUGAACGAGGCGGACGAGAUACUGUCUGAUAUUUUGGCGGCGAGAGAAGAGGCAUAUGGUAUCAAUGAUAGGGAAUCUUUCAUGACCGGCAAACUCCUCCAUGCCUACGGCAAUGUAAAGGCAUCUCAAGGUAAACUCACUGAAAGUUUUGAGUAUCAUAUUCGUGGGUUACAGCAGUAUAAGUCGACUAUUGGAGGCAAUCACCAUCGAACAGCUGACCUUUGCGUCAAAGUAUCUGAUCAUUAUGGCCGUUUGGGGCAGUAUGAUACCGCAAUGUCACUCCUAGAUCAAGCUCUGAAAAUAUACGGAGAACGUGAAUACUACGGCCCUGAGAAGGCUCGUGCUCUAUGUAAGAAAGGAAAACUGUUGGCUGUGGUGGAUAAACUCGAAGAAAGUAGAGCAUAUAUGUCACAGGCACAAGUUUUAUAUCGAAAGCUGAAGAGCAAGGAGGAUACACACGACGCUACGGAUGCAGAUUUCGAUGACCUUAUUGUUUUCUGGUCAAAAUAAGUAGAGACAUGUCAGUAUGGAUCUCGAGACCUUUUGGAAUAUAUGAAUUUUGAUUUUUCGAUGCGAU